UUUCUUGUCAUUGUGGCUUGUGUUGAGCAGCAGCAACGCGAGCGAUUUCUUUCAAAGGUGAUUGGACUUUCGGACCACUGCCCACUGCAAUAAUCGAAGUACUUGAAGCACAGCUGAAUAGAUAGUUGCAAGCAUUAGCGGCUCUCCCUUCUAAGAGGCUGACUCAGGGAAUACCGACAUCUGAGAAGUAUUUUGCCCCACCUUAUUCUGAAAAUGAGCAAUUUGCUGCAUCGCUGGACGCUAUUGGUCGGGAUACUAGCAGCCUCCCUAGGAGUCUGCGUAGCGAAGCACAAUAUCCUGAUGAUAGCGAUCGAUGAUCUGCGUCCGGAGAUAGCUGGCUAUGGAUUUCCUCGCAUGCACACACCCAACAUGGACAAGCUGAUCAAAGAAGGCACGAUGUUUCGUCGUAACUACGUCCAGCAGGCAGUGUGCAGUCCAUCUCGUACAUCGCUGUUGACUGGCCGAAGACCAGACACCACACAUAUCUAUGAUCUAUGGACGUACUUCCGCAGUGCCGGCUGUAAUGUCACCACCCUGCCACAGUUCUUCAAACAACAAGGCUACAAGACUGCAGGACAUGGCAAGAUUUACCACCCAGGUCAUGCCUCGGGAGCAGGGGUUUUUCCUACUGGAGACGACCCACCCAGCUGGACGGAGCCAUACUUCCAUUCGCCGAACAAGAAAAACUUCUCCACUGAUGCCAAAGCGUGGGCAACACCUGACGCUCCGGAGGAAGAUUUUCCCGACACUCAGAUCGCCGCGGCUGGAAUUGCUACAAUGAAACGGCUAGCCGAUAAGCCGUUCUUCAUCGCCGUCGGUUUCCACAAGCCUCAUCUGCCAUUCAUCUUCCCAAAGAAUUAUCUUGACUACUACCCAGAAGAGAAUAUCACAAUAGCAGCUGACCCCUUCCCACCCAAGGACAUGCCUCCGAUUGCUUGGUCUGAUUGGGGAGAGCUCCGUAACUACCACGAUGUGGCCGCCAUGGACUUGCCUACGAACAUUUCCAAAGACAUGCCGGACGACUAUGCCAAGGAGCUGCGCCGCGCAUACUAUGCCGCCACAUCCUACACAGACGCACAGAUUGGCAAGGUGCUACAAUCGCUGGACACGCUAGGACUGAGUGCAAACACCACCGUACUGCUGUGGGGUGAUCAUGGCUGGCAGCUAGGUGAGCUAGGCGAGUGGUGUAAGCACACAAACUUUGAAAUAGCCGCCAGGGCACCGCUGAUUGUACGCACUCCACUCAUCCCAGAGUCGCAUGGCACUGUCGUCGAGUCGCUCGUCGAGCACGUUGACAUCUAUCCAACAUUGGUAGACCUGGCCGGCUUUGAAGUGCCAAAGGGUUUGGAGGGAUUUUCCCUAGUCCCACUGUUGAAGAACAGCACCGCACAAUGGAAGACGGCAGCGUUUUCCCAGUACCCGCGUGGUCUACCGAAGGGCACAAAGCGUGAUCAUCCACACGACCACAGCAUGGGUUAUUCCGUACGUACUGCAGACUGGCGCUACACAGAAUGGGUAUACUUCCACAACACCACCAUGACACACGACUGGGAUCGCAACUUUGGUGUCGAGCUCUACGACCAUCGCGGAGACGACGGCACCAGCUUUGCCGCCUGGGAGAACCAAAACCUGGCCAACCUUCAGGAGUUUGGUCCGGUUGUGAAGCAGAUGUCGGCCAUUCUGCGAGCAGGUCCGCAGGCUCAGCAGGAGCAAUUGCACACUGCUCGCCGACAGCAGCCAUGAACAUUAAUUUUCAAAAAACCCUUUUCUUUUUAGACUACAUCGUGCUUUUGUAAUUUGGUCCAUUUCUUUUUCAGUCCUCAUGAAUUCCUCCAGAUUCUAUUGCUCUUUACCGACAAGGCAUCAGAUGUGCUGAUAUUUUAGUUUACAUUUUGAAGGUUUUUACUUUUUAGGGAAGCCAAUGGCCUGCAUCGUGA